AGAAAAUACAUUUCGACUAAUAACAGACAAUAAAAAAAAAAUGGGUUUACAAAUAACUAAAUGUUGUUUCUGCAUUCCGUUGAAAGCUGGUGUUAUAAUUAUAUCAUUAUUUUGGCUUUUCGUAGCUUUAUUCUUAAUUAUAUUCAGAGUUUUGAGCCUUAAACUGUAUAUGCAGGAUAAAGAAUUAAAAGAAGUUUCAGAGGAAUACUCUAUUACCUUUACAUCUGUUAUCAUAAUGAUAGUCCUUAAUGCAUUUGUCACGCUCGGAACAGCAUUUGGGUUGUAUGCUGUAAUUUUUUCGAAAACGUAUAGAAUGUUGAAGUUAUACUCUACAUUUGGUUUAAUCGUGACAGUAAUUGAAGUUAUAAUAGGUAUAGCAGUAAUUAUUAAUUCAAUAGUUUUCGGAUGUGCAAAAGGACAAAAUUCGUAUUUAUGUAGAUUAGCACCAUACGAAAUUGUUUUUGAAGUUCUUUUGACGGUGUACUCUGCUUUAAUAAUUUCAGCUUAUGCAUGUAGAAAAAAGGAAAAAGAAGCAGCAGCUGUUAGAAAUUUAAAUGAAUCAUCCGAUCAAACUAACCAUAAUUUUGUAGUCGUAUAGAUUAAAAGAGUACAUUGUAUUUUCUCUAAACUGCGUUAUUAUAAUAAGAUAACACAUUAAACAAUUAUCAUAUAUUAAAAUAUAGUAUUUUAUA